GGCCGCGCGCGAGGCUCCGGCGCUGGACCGGCGGAGCCGAGCCUGCCAUGGAGGAGGCACCCAGCCCCGCGCCCGCGCCCGCGCUUUGGGACUGGGACUAUCUGGACCGCUGCUUCGCCCACCACCGUGUCUGCAUCUCCUUCGGCCUGUGGAUCUGCGCCUGCUGCUGCUGGGUCGCCGCCCACGCACUGCUCCUCUAUCUAAGAUGUGCAAAGAGAUCCGGACACGACCAGUCGGCGCUUUGUGCUGCGUGCUGCCUCUUGACCAGCCUGUGUGACACGGUCGGGGCCAUUCUGGCCAGACAGCUCACGAUCCAGGUAUUCACGGGUGCCUACCUGGCAGCUGUUGACUUGAUGAACUUUGUGUUCAUUCUUUUCCCCGUCUGCGGCUCCAAAUUCAAGUCUAAUUCGGGUCCCAGAUCCCAGGAGAGGAAGAGGAGGCAGCGGCUCACGGCCAGCAUAUUCGCCCUGACCCUGCCGCUGAGCCUGGGCCCCUGCUGGGCUCUCUGGGCUGCUGUGCCAAAGGCUUCAGGCCUUGUCCAAGGGCCACAGCGGAGGCUGCUGGGAAGCCUGCUGCAGGACAACACUGAGAUUUUUGGCUACUUGCUGGGUGGCAUCGCUGCCUUCGGCUCCUGGGCUUCCCGGAUCCCCUUACUCUCCAGAAUCUGCCGGGGUAAGACGUUCUCCUCCAUCUACCUGUGGACCCGGCUCCUGUCGGCCCUGGCUGGCCUCCUGUACGCUUCAGCCAUUGUGGCCCAUGACCGGAGGCCCGAGUACCUGCUGCGGGCCAUCCCCUGGUUCCUGACCUCCCUCGGCCGUGCUGCGCUGGACCUCGCCAUCAUUUUCCUUUCCUGGGUGAUGAAGAGCAAGCUGAGGAAGGCGUUGGGGUUUGCCUCUGACUCCAGAGAGAGCCCCGACACCCAAGCCCUCUUGACCUGUGCAGAGAAAGAGGAAGACAACGAGGAGGCGAGGAACCAGAAUUUGGAUUGGGUGCCUCUCACAACACUAGCACACUGCAAGUCACUCAGGACGAUGACAGCCAUCAGUCGCUACAUGGAGCUGACCAUCGAGCCGGUGCAGCAGGCAGGCUACAACGCCUCCAGGCUGCCGGGCGACGGGCAGAUGAGCACCGGAGCCACGUCCCUGGAGGAACCCCCCUCGUACCCUCCCAUUCAAGUCAUCCGGGCCCGCGUGUCCUCCAGCAGCUCCUCCGAGGUCCCUUCCAUCAACUCCGACCUUGAGCACAAGUAUUGGGAAACCCUAAACUUGGAGCAGAUACCUUUUGUUUUUUCUCCGCCGUGGGCCCCUGAAGAUAUAAACCUUGAAGGAGAACAAAGACAAUAUGGAGAUGCUCAGAUCCCAGAUGCACAGGUGCUCUAUGAGGCCAGUUGA